CUCUCUCUCUCUCUCUCACACACUAUCGCUGAGCUCUAACCAGUUGGAUACAGUGCAGAGGACUUGAGGAGAGUGCUCUUUUCUUCUUCUUUGGCAUUUCCUUCCUGCCUCUCUCCCUCACGCGCUGUUGAUUUAGAUCAGGUCCUUAGGGUGAGGAUGUAUUUGUGUCAAGCUGCAACAAAGGAAGAGUAAACAAAGAGUAAACAUUGACUGAACGGAGGAACGGGAAAGACCCUCCUUUACAGGCUCAAAAAAGGUGGCUCACCGGACAGCAGCAGCAAUGUGAUUGUUUGGGUCAAAGAGCAGAUGAUGUCCUGGUACAGCUAAAGCAGAGAAUCUCCCCUCCUGUCCUCUGUCCUAUAUGAGGACCCGAAGAUGACUGUCACCAGCCGGCAGUCCUUCAAUGUCCUGACGGUCAUCUUCCUCCUGCUGUCCACCGCAGCUCUAUCAGCUAAUUUCAGAGUGUGUGAACCAUAUUCCGACCACAAGGGGCGCUACCACUUUGGUUUCCACUGCCCUCGUCUCUCUGACAACAAGACCUACAUGUUCUGCUGUCACCACAACAACACUGCCUUCAAGUACUGCUGUAAGGAGACUGAGUUCCAGACGGUCAUGCAGGUCAACCUCACCACCACCACAGACGGCUUCAAACACAAUAACUACACAGCCCUGGUAGGAGUGUGGAUCUAUGGCUUCUUCGUCAUGGUGCUGCUAGCCCUGGACUUCCUCUACUACUCUGCCAUGAACUAUGAGCUGUGUCGGGUUUACCUGGAGAAGUGGGGUCUUGGAGGACGCUGGCUGAAGAAGGCUAGGAGCCAGUGGCACCGGCCGGUCCCAGGAGAGGAGAGUGAGACCCAGAACCAGGCCCAGGGUCACCCCAUGGCCCUCAGCCACCACCACCCCAGACACAGCCUCAGAGGCGAGGGCCAGAGCCCCACGCUCCUCCCCUACCACACACCCACCGUCUGAGUGAAGCUGCAAGAGGAUGAAUGAGUAGAAGAGUAGAGAGCAGCGACGCCGGGCAGAGGAUAGCACGGCUCAGACACCUGUCUCUGUCUGGCUGGAUUAUUGACACAGUACCGUACCACAGGGUGGCUGGCCCUACGGACGCUAGCGGCUAGCUAGCAGUUCCUGCUCACCUCCAUUCCUCUGAGCUCCUACACACAGGGCUAUGGAGGAUAGAGUAUGACGAGACGUCUAGACUACGACAGAAGGCCCAGGUGGAUGGAGCUGCUGCUACCCAAACACUGCUAAGGAACAGGCCACAGGCACUGAAACUGACCAUGUAUACCCCUGCAUGGGCUGGGACUGUUCUAAUAAGAAACCAAUGGAGACUUGAAGUGAACUGGAUAAAAUGUGGUUGCAAACGAGGAGGCUUUGUUUGAUUUGUGUGUUUGAGUGUUGAUUGCACUUGGUUGCUGUGUGGGGUUAAAUUCAGUAGUAGUCAGAAGAAGUUGUGGGAGUACUGUAUCUAUUGGGGAUUUAUUUAAAGUAAACUAGUCAGGGACUCUCUAUGAGUGGUAAACAUCCUACGCGAUUCACCAUGGAGGUUGACGCUGAGCAUCUUGAAGACGGACUGCACUAUUUUGCUUCAGCGACAAGUGACUCACCUGAAUCGAGAGAUAUCUAUAUUCUACAGUGUCACCCUGUCUUCAGAAAAGGCCUUUGUGUGUAUUUUGUGAUCUUAUUAUUUUUCUAAUUAAACAUAAGUUGGUGAAGUUUCCUCUACUACAACCUUCACAAAUUGAUGUCCAGUCCUUUUCCUGUCCAGGCUUUAGUUAAAGAGACCCAUUAGGAAUAAUGAUAAAAAUGUAUAUUAAUUUGGUUCACUUAAAUUAUAAGCACCAAUGUACCAUACCGGUAAUAGCCAAUCUUAUCAGCAAUAAUGUACAGCAUUGAGAGACCUGACCUAAAUGAGAACAUAGACCAUCUCACACACAGAGCAAUCACUGAAAUGAAUCUGAGGCUCUGCAUCCCAAAUGGCAUCCUAUUCCCUAUAUAGUGCACUACAUUUGGUAGGGCUCAGGUCAAAAGUAAUGCACUAUAUAGGGAAUAGGGUGCCAUUUGGGAUGCAAACCCAGGCUCUCUCUGCAGGAUAGAUUUAAUCGCAAGGUGAAGUCUAUGGAAAAGACAUAUGUCAACAUAAUAAAACCUUACUGAACACAGUGGUCUUCCCCUUCAAGCAACCUUGUCAGCUUAGCAAUGAGCAAGAGUGGAGUGCAGACAAAAUAAUCACUUCAGUGAAAAAGAAAGGUGUUAGCAUCCGCACAGGGAUGGAAUAAAGCUGUGCUCAGCGCUUAACUAAUUGCUGACAUAUACUGUACUUUCUGAUUGAUACAUAAAGUACAGCCUUGUUGUGUUGGGAGGGGGGAGAGAGAAUAAAGCAUAUGUUUGUGUCAGCAGGCUGGGAGGGGGAAGGAUUGUGAUGGAGGAAGACCAGGAGGCCCGCUCGUAGAGAAAAGGGUUCCAAAAGGGUUCUGCAGCUGUCUCCAUAGGAGAACCCUUUUUGGUUCCAGGAGGAACACUUUUGGGUUCCAUGUAGAACCCUCUGUGGAAAGGGUUCUACAUCGAACCCAAAACGGUUGUACCUGGAAUAGAAAGGAUUCUACCUGGAACCAAAAGGGGUUCUUCAAGGGUUCUCCGAUGGAGACAGCCGAAGAACCCUUUUUGGUUCUAGAUAUCACUUUUUUCUAAGAGCGUAUACAGUGUAGUACAGGGGUGUGUCUCUCUUCACUCUUCCCCGAUUCUGCAGCUGUAACCUGGCUAUCUGGCAGCUGCACAGCCAGUACAUUACGUACAGAGAAUUCCUGGACCGUACCAACCAUGCAGCAGGCAGUACACUGCAGUGUCCUUGGUAGGAGCCAAUAAAAAGGGCAGAACUAUACACACUUCUGUUUGGGAGUUACUGGAAUUUCCACCAACACUCCUGACCAGCCAGUAGGCAGGAGGAGCAGCACAGCUAUCCCCCAAAUUCUAAAAGAGCAAUACUGAAAAAAUAGUUUGGUCAUUAUCUGGAUUCAUAUGUUCACUGAAGUCUGCAGGCCCCAAAAAAUGCAUUGGAUUUGUACAACCAUUUUACACAUUUCUGUUUUAAGAAUGACCCUUGCUGACAUUAUAAUCUGUUGUAAUCAGCAAUAAAGUUCAGAUUUGGUCAGUUUGAGUUAACUUGUACCCUGUGCUGACAUGUUUAAAGUUUCAACGUUUAUUCGCCAUGUGCACAGGAUACAACAGUACAGAGACAUUCUUACUUAAGAGCUCUUUCCCAACAGUGCAGUACUAAUAAUAUAGAUAAUCAUAGAAAUAUAUCAUUUUUAAAACACAAGAAGUGCGAUAUAAGUUGACUUGUACCUAGUGCUGAGAUAAGAUGUGACCAACUGAAAUAAUUGGGUUGGACUGGACUGGCACUCUCUCUUUUUCUCUUCCUCCCCCUCUCUUUCCUUCCUUCAUUUCUUCCCUCACUCUCUCUCUCUCAUCUCUCUCUCUCUCUUUCUGUCACUACCUCUCUCUUUCUGUCACUCCCUCUCCUAUCUCUCUCUCCCUCCCCCUCCCCCUUUCCCUCUCUCCCACUCUCUCCCCCUCUCUCUCUUCUCUCUCCCCCGCUCCUUUCUUCCAUCCGCCUCCUUCCCUACCUCCCUCCCUCCUGCAGAAAGUGAGAGAGAGCAGUGGCAGCAGCUAGGAAACUGGGAGGAGCAGGAAUUUUAAACAGCUGCUGCAAUACAAAGGGGAUUUAAUUGGGCUCAAAGCAGGGGAAAUGGCAGAGAUCAGAUAUGCUAGGGAACACACGUCUCCUCUGGAGCCAUAGUGCUGUGCUGCUGUAACAAAGCAAAGCUACUGUGAGCAGGGAGUUCCUUUUCCAUCAACAAUAUGUAGUCGUGAUAAAUAGGGAAAUGCCCCUUUCCCUAGCAACCCACUGGGCACAGACUUCAGUUAAACGUCUAGUAAACAGCAGCUGUGGACUAACAGUGAAAUGCAUACUUAUGGUCCCUUCCCAACAGUGCAGAGAGAAAGAAAAUAGAGAAAUAAUACAAAUGUAAAACACGUAAUAUUAAAAGUAAUAAUAGAUACAUAAUGAGUAACAAUAACUUGACUAUAUACAAGGAGUACCAGUACUGAGUUAAUGUGUAGGGGUACGAGGUAAUUGAGGUAGAUAUGUACAUAUAACUAGGAAUAAAGUGACAUAGUGAACAGUAGCAGCAACGUAUGUAAUGAGUCAAAACAGUGAGUGCAAAAAGGGUCAAUGCAGAUAGUUAAUAAGUAGUUAACCAAAUAGCUACCAGGACUAACUGUUUAGCAGUCUUACGGCUUGGUGGUAGAAGCUGUUCAGGGUGCUGUUGGUUCCACACUUGGUGUAUCGGUAGCGCUUGCUUGAGGUUGCCGUAGAGUAAAUCUCCACCUGUACAAAGAAGCUUUGUAGUGAUUUGUCGGUACCUCACUGUGGGUGUGGUGGUGGUGAUGAUGAUAACGUGCACCACAUUCUGUCCUUGUAAUCCACUACAAUGUAGAGUUAUGAGUUGAAUUGUUUCUGCACUUGUUAACUUUGUAUUGUUCCACCAGGGAGAAAUAAAGUUGUAUCUUUUCCAGUGUGUUUAAA